AUGUCAGGGAUCGGCACGGGGUACGACCUGUCGACAACGACGUAUAGCCCGGACGGACGAGUGUUCCAGAUCGACUACGCGCAGAAGGCGGUGGACAGUUCGGGGACUGCGAUCGGCAUCCGAUGCAAGGACGGCGUCGUCGUCGCCGUUGAGAAGCCGGUGAUAUCCAAGAUGCUCGUCGAGGGCUCGAACCGCGCAGUGUUCCCGGUGCACACGCACGCAGGGCUGGCGGCCACUGGCGUGCCGCCCGACUCGCGCAUGGUCGUCAACCACGCCAUGGACGAGUGCUCGCGCUACAAGUCCUUCUACGGCGAGGACAUCCCCGGCCACGUCCUCGCCGAGCGCCUCGGCGGCUUCUUCCACACGUACACGCUCGUGUGGUACGUGCGGCCGUUCGGCGCGGCGGCGCUGGUCGCGGUGUACGGCGACGACGGCCCGCAGCUGUACCUGUGCGAGCCCAACGGGAACGCGCACCGCUUCUUCGGGACGGCCAUCGGCAAGGGCCGCCAGGCGGCCAAGACGGAGAUCGAGCGCCUCGACCUGCAAAACAUCACGUGCCGCGAGGCGGUGGCGGAGAUCGCGAAGAUGAUGUACAAGCUCCGCGACGACGAGAAGCCGUUCGAGCUGGAGAUGGGCUGGGUGUCGGACGAGAGCGGGCGCAAGUUCGUGCGCGUGCCCGCCGACCUGGUCGCGCAGGCCGAGUCGGGCGCGAAGGCCGCGAUGGAGUCGGACAUGGAGGACGACUAG